AUGGAGUCUCUGAUACCGCCGCCGCAGCAGUCGCCGCCUCCGCCUCCCUCUACACAAUGGUUUGCUGCUCCCGCUGAUGGUGGUGAUGAACGAUGUCGGCGGUCAGUCGGUGUUCAGACCGAUGGUCUAUUGUGUACCAUGUCGGACAGCUGGCAGCAGAUAAUGGCGGCGACAGCAGCCAUAACAAGCAAGUGUCGCCUCCACAACAACAAAGGCCGCUGUGUACGACACGCGUCGCUGAAACUGUAG